GCCCGCUUAACCCUUUGGGCACCCAGCUGUCACGCCGCGGCCCGGCGCAGCAGCCGGGCUGGGCCGCGCAAAGCAGGGCAUUGCCGUGGGCACCGGCAGGCGGGCGGCCUGACCCAGCAGUCGGGGCCGACGACUGGCUCUCCGCAGUGCGCCCGGGACCAGAAAGGCGCUGAGGGCUGCAGUGAGCUCUGGGGCCGAGGCUUGCGGGAAGCUGCGGGGAAGCAGCUGAAGUCCCGGCACUCGCGCGCUUUCGGGGCCGGGGAGCCCUGCCGCGCUCAGAGGCCUGCCUCGGCCGCCCGUGGCCUCGCGAGGCCUGCCUUUCCCUCGCUGUCCCGGAGAGUACUAGGAGACCCUGCCGGCAGUGGGGCCUGAGCGCGGCCCUUCCUCCUCAGCCGAGGCCUGACAGCCCAGCAGCCGGCACUUUGGACUCCAACUAGAGCCUGGGGGGCCCCCUGCGGGAAGAAGGCAAGACUGGUGCGUGGUGGCACCAGCAGAGGGAACGGGGUUAGUGCUAGGAGGAGAAGAUAGUCCCCUUAAGGGAAAGCAGGCCCCAAGGCAUGAGGAGGGAUGCUCGAGAAAGGCACUGGCCCCCUUGUUUUUCUGAGUGAUGACCCGACAUCCAUGGGAAAAGGUCACUGCUGGACACCUGGAUCGGGUCUGACUUGUACAGAGGAAGCAGCUGUUUUACCAUCUGCCUGCUCUUCUACCAUCUGAGCACCCUGACUGUGCCACUCUGUAGGCCAUGGAGAAUGAGCUGCCAGUCCCACACACGUCCAGCAGUGCCGGUGCCACGAGCAGCACCAGUGGAGCCAAUAGCAGCAGUGGCUGCAGCAAUAGCAGCAGUGGUGGCAAUGGCCGCCCCACUGGGCCCCAGAUUUCUGUGUACAGUGGUAUUCCUGACCGGCAGACUGUGCAGGUGAUCCAGCAGGCCUUGCACCGGCAGCCCAGCACAGCAGCUCAGUACCUGCAGCAGAUGUAUGCCGCUCAGCAGCAGCACCUCAUGCUGCAGACAGCCGCCCUGCAGCAGCAGCAGCUCAGCAGUGCCCAGCUCCAGAGCCUGGCAGCCGUACAGCAGGCAAGCCUGGUGGCCAACAGACAAGCGAGUACUUCUGGCAGCAGUGUGUCUGCACAGGCCCCAGCCCAGUCAUCUUCGAUCAACCUGGCAGCCUCCCCAGCAGCAGCCCAGCUCAUCAACCGGGCCCAGAGUGUCAAUCCAGCCACAGCCUCAGGCCUUGCCCAGCAGGCUGUGCUCUUGGGCAACACAUCUUCUCCAGCCCUGACUGCAAGCCAAGCACAGAUGUAUCUCAGGGCGCAGAUGGCCCAGCCAGGUAACCUGGUACAGGUAGCUAGGACCCUAGGCGGCACUGUUCCUUUGUCCCCUCAGCUCAUCUUCACGCCCACGGCCACCGUCGCUACUGUGCAGCCUGAGCUCGGCACUGGCUCCCCCGCCCGGCCCCCAACCCCCGCCCAGGUACAGAACCUGACCCUCCGAACACAGCAGACACCAGCUGCAGCAGCCUCGGGCCCUUUCCCCACUCAGCCUGUCCUGCCCAGCUUGGCCCUGAAACCCACACUGGGCAGUAGCCAGCCUCUGCCUACCCCAUCACAGGGCAGAAACACUGCUCAGGGUUCCCCUGCAGGUGCCAAGCCUGGCGUGGCUGACAGUGUGAUGGAGCCACUCAAGAAAGGAGAUGGCAACAGCAGCCUUCCAGGGAACAUGGAGGGCCAGGCUGGCCUCGGCCGGACAGUUCCUGCUGUAGCUACCCACCCCCUCAUUGCACCAGCUUAUGCUCAGCUGCAGCCACAUCAGCUGCUCCCACAGCCAUCAACAAAGCACCUGCAGCCCCAGUUUGUGAUCCAGCACCAGCCGCAGCUGCAACAGCACCCCCAACCACCACGGCCUGCUCCCCAAGCCCAGGCCCAACCCCAGCUAGCCUCAAUUCCCCCAAGUGUGGCUCUGCAGCCCAGCUCAGAAGCCCACACCAUGCCACUAGGCCCAGCUACACCCACCCUGCCACUCCAGUGUCCCACUGCCCAUCUACACAAGCCCAUCAGCAGUCAGCAAUGUCACCCUUCCACGCCUGACCCUGGGCCUCAGAAUGGACAUCCCGAGGACAUGUCCCACACCCCUCAGCGCAGGUUCCAGCACACCUCAGCUGUCAUCUUACAACUACAGCCUGCUUCGCCAGUGCCUCAGCAGUGUGCCCCUGAUGACUGGAAAGAAGUGGUGCCUGGGGAGAAGAGUGUGCCUGAGACUCGGUCAGGCCUAUCACCACAUCAGCAAGCCAUUGUCACUGCCAUGCCUGGUAGCCUGCCUAUACCCAAGAGCCCUAACAUCCAGCAGUGCCCAGCUCACGAGACAGGGCAGGGCAUUGUUCAUGCACUGACCAACCUCAGCAGCCCCGGCAUGACCUCAGGGAACGGAAAUUCUGCCUCCAGCAUCGCCGGCACUGCCCCCCAGAAUGGUGAGAAUAAACCACCACAGGCCAUUGUGAAACCCCAAAUCCUGACGCAUGUUAUCGAAGGGUUUGUGAUCCAGGAGGGGGCGGAGCCUUUCCCGGUGGGACGCUCAUCCCUGCUGGUGGGGAAUCUCAAGAAGAAGUAUGCACAGGGAUUCUUGCCUGAGAAACUUCCACAGCAGGACCAUACCACCACCACUGACUCGGAGAUGGAGGAGCCCUACCUGCAAGAAUCCAAAGAGGAGGGUACUCCCCUCAAACUCAAGUGUGAGCUUUGUGGCCGGGUGGACUUUGCCUACAAGUUCAAGCGGUCCAAGCGCUUCUGUUCCAUGGCUUGUGCAAAGAGGUAUAAUGUGGGGUGCACCAAGCGAGUGGGACUUUUCCACUCAGACCGGAGCAAGCUGCAGAAGUCAGGGGCCACAACCCACAACCGCCGCCGGGCUAGCAAGGCCAGUCUGCCAACACUUAGCAAGGAUACCAAGAAGCAGCCAACAGGCACUGUACCCCUUUCAGUUACUGCUGCAUUGCAGCUGACGCACAGUCAGGAAGACUCCAGCCGUUGCUCAGAUAACUCAAGCUAUGAAGAACCCUUGUCACCCAUCUCAGCCAGCUCUUCCACCUCCCGCCGGCGACAAGGUCAGCGGGACCUGGAGCUCCCUGACAUGCACAUGCGGGAUCUGGUAGGCAUGGGACACCACUUCCUACCAAGUGAGCCCACCAAGUGGAACGUAGAAGAUGUCUAUGAAUUCAUCCGCUCUCUGCCAGGCUGCCAGGAGAUCGCAGAGGAAUUUCGUGCCCAGGAGAUUGAUGGGCAAGCCCUGCUGCUGCUCAAGGAGGACCACCUGAUGAGCGCCAUGAACAUCAAGCUGGGGCCUGCCUUGAAGAUCUACGCACGCAUCAGCAUGCUAAAGGACUCCUAGGGCUGGUGGGGCAGCGGGGUCUGGCCCGGGGCUCCCAGCUGAGCACAGCCAGAUAGACAUUCCCAAGGGGCCCAGAGAUGGGGCCAGUCAGAGGGAAGGGCCUCUCUAGGGGCGCAGCUGGUGAGGAGGUCUGGGUACCUCAAUGGCUCUCAGGGGCCUUUCAUUUCUUGGGAGGGCAGAGAGGCCGGGGGCGUAGAAGAUGGGGCUUUAUGCUUGUAAAUAUUGAUAGCACUGGCUUCCUCCAAAGUCCCAAUACUCUAGCCCCACUCUCUUCCCCUCUCUCUGUCCCCCAUUUUCCAGGGGGUUUAUGGUCAGGGCUCCCCAACUUGAGUUGGGUUACUUCCGAGGGCAGCCAGCAGGCCUGGGUAGAGGCCUUGAAAGCCCUUGCCUUCCUUCUUCCCACCUCCUUCUCCAGGCCUGGUUAACCUUCCGUUGCCAGCUUCUCCCCCUCAGCCUGUUUUGGUAGCAACAGGGGGCUUCUCCCCCUGUACCCUCUGCAGGUGGAGAGAGAAGCUGGCCCCAAUUUGGCCAUGCCUGCUGGCAUAGACGCCUUAACGCUGUGUGUGUGACUGAGUGACUGUGUGGGAGCCUGGACUGACAGGCCACGAGCUGCCCUGUGGCAUCACCAGGUGUUUUGUAACAAAUGGCCGCUUAGUGCUUUGUCCUAGACUCCACUUGGCCUGAGGAUGGGGAAUAGAAAAGAAGGGCAGCCUCCGUGGGGAUUAGAUUUCCUCUCCAGACACGUCAAGAGGUCUCUGAAGCUCCUCCCCACACUGUGAUGUCCCCGACUGCCCUGCUGUCUCACAAACAGCAUUAAGGAAGCUGCCGGUGGGCUGGGCCAUGUAUCCCAGGGCCCAAGCUGGGCUGAGCCUCCUAGACGGCCUAUCUGCCUACCCUCGGAGCCCCAUGGUGGGGCCCCAAGAACUGAGAGGAGAGAAUAGCUGGAGGCAGGAUGUGUGAAGAAGACAGCCUGUGACUUCCCAUUUCCACAUUUCUUUGCUUGUAAAACUUCUUAGCAGCAGUUAACGGUUCCUGAGGAGAAGGCAGGGCAGGAGGGUGAGGGCCUGCCUCUGACUUGCCCUGUCCUAGCAGCUCCUGGGGGAAGAGUCGGACUCUUCCCAGGAAGGGGUGGGCACUGUUCUCAGCUUGUUCUAUUCCCCACCUACACCCCCAGGCAGGUUUGGAAAUGAAGGACUUUUUUUUUAACCUUUUGUUUUUUAAAAAUAAAUCUGUAAAAUCUG